AUGAGUGGCGGAGGAACGGAGACUGCUGCUGCUAGUGAGGCCGCCGCGGGCGGCGGCCACAGGAAGAGGGACUCGCUAGGGACGGCGGGCUCGCCAGCGCACCUCAUUAUCAAGGAUCUUGGAGAAAUUCACUCAAGGCUGUUAGAUCACAGACCAGUUAUUCAAGGUGAAACCCGUUAUUUUGUGAAAGAAUUUGAAGAAAAACGUGGUCUUCGAGAAAUGCGAGUUCUUGAGAAUUUGAAGAAUAUGAUCCAUGAAACCAAUGAGCAUACGCUUCCCAAAUGCAGAGAAACAAUGCAAGACAACUUAAACCAGGUUCUGCAGAGAUUGCAAGCAGCUACUGACUCAGUCUGUAGACUACAACAGAGGGAGCAGGAACGAAAAAAGAUUUAUAAUGACCAUUUAAUAGCUAGUGAAAACCAGCACAUAAUCCAGUGGGAAGAUUUCAUGAAAGAUCAACACAACAAACAGGCUGAAGUGGAUGAAGAACACAGAAAAGCUACGGAGAGGCUUAAAGAGCAAUACGCUGAGAUGGAGAAGGACCUGGCAAAAUUCUCAGCCUUUUAGGAACUUGAACCAUAGCAGUGACAGACUAAUGAGAAAACACUGGCCGCUCCCAGAGAUGAACUAUUCCCACCAAACCGUUUAGCCUCUGCUUCAAGCUUAGCAAUAUAUUCAGUGGCACUCGUAGCAGAAGAAAGAAACCUCUCCUGGAGUCUUAAUUAAAUGUUUAGUAGAAGAGGAGUGCUACAUCUUUCCAGUUUAAGUGCCUACAUAUUAUUUGAAUGGGCAAGGGUAGGAAGAAAAAUGGGAUAAAUUUACUUUUUGUUAGUCAGAAUUGGCUUCUUUUUUAUUGAUUAUCUCAGAGAACUGUAAGUAUAGACUUCUUAGAAAAGUAAUUGAAUUCAUCCUUACACAGAGGUAAUAUUAGUUUGUUAUUGUGGCUUAGAAAGCAGAUAUAAUAGCUGCCCAUUUUAGCCUCUUUGGCUAUUGGGAGAAUGUGUGAAGUGCUAGUCCAUGAGUAAUGUAGACAAAAACAGUGGUCCUUGGAACAGAGAUCACAUUUAAGAGAGGUGAGAGUAAAACAGUCUCUGCUGUGGCCAAGGUGGCCAUGUUGGUCUCUGAGCUGCCUACUGGGGAAGGUUCACAGAUUCUGCAGUGCAGCAUAAUGCCACGUGUUUCACUGAUGACAGGACACACUUGUUAAGUUUUGUGGCCUUCCAGCACUUAAUAUUUUCAGCUUUUAAAACAUGCUUUAAAAGCAUACCAAAAAUAUAGUUGACUGUUAGCAUUUCCAAGAACCAUAAUCUUGCCCAUAGUAUUUACCUCAUUUUUGUGUCUGUUUUGCUAUGGGUGAGCUUUGUAAGACAAAUAAUGUCUGUACAUGUUUCAGCUGUUUGAUGUAAUCAGCCAAAUCUGCAAGGAGUCCCUCUGGAACCAUAUACAGCUUCUGGCUCUGAAUAUGCCAGAAGUAUUUGCCCACAUGGCAAGUAAUCCAUGUUAAAUGUAAAUCCUUUUUAGUGUUUAACGUCGUUCUCAUAAGCAGGUGUAUUAUGGUGAAACGUGUACCAACUCUGUCAUCACUGUGAUCCUUAAAAAUUUGCAUUUAACAGUCUAAUUGAGGAACUAAGUUGAUUUUUUAUUUGCCAUAAAUAAAGCAAAAUUAAAUGCAGUAUUUCAAGAGAUUUAUGGCAAAUGAAUUUGAGGUAUGGAUAAAUCUUUCAGAUAUUUUUAUUGCUCUUCAGUAAAGAAAGGUACAAGAAAGAAAAUACCCAACUCUCUCAUGUAUCUCAGUCUUGCUAGUGCAGAAAGUGACAAUGCUUGCUUGUGUAAAUUUAUGGCUCACUGUCAAAGCUGCAUUCUUGGCUGCAUGUUGAAAAUGUGAUUAAAGUUAAUAGAGGAGAUGAAAUAAGUAUUUGAGAUUUCUUUCAAUAACACUGAACUUCUGCCAACUUUCUCUGUCCGCUACUGUAGGCUUGACAGGUUCAUCAAUCAUCCUCUGGUACCUGGACUAAAAAGAGCACUUGCUGACACUAAGGCAUGUUGGAAUUUUCUUAAUUCUCUUUCAGUGGAUGGAAAAAAAAACACAUACUUCCAAAAAUAUCCCACACAUGAAAAGUGAGGGGAGCCUUAAAUGAAAAUUCCCUUUGUACUGUGGGCAGUUUUUGAAAUGCUGUUAAUUGCCAGUGCAUCAUUGAACAGAUGCCAUAACCAAGAAAUCAGGACUGCAUGUGAGCAGGAAUGUACUCUUAACUGUGGUUAUUCAACUGGUGCAACAGGGAUUUCUGAUAGUAUUUGUCCAUCGCAUAGGAAUAAUAAACACUUUGCCAUAUGAAUUUGUAUUUAUUAUAUAAGGACCGAAGGGAUUUCUUAAACCAAAAAGAAUUGAUGGGCUUUUUUACCUUUAAACAUUUAAGAUACUAACUUCUUUCUUUAGCUAUUCAGUAUAACUUCUAAAAAAGGUGGCUGGGUUGCCAUCCUUUUAACACUUCAGUAGUGAACACUUUCACUUAUAUUUCCCAUUUUCCAAAUCCCUUUUGAUAUGUAUUUUAUACCUAUAAAUUAGCUUUUUAUGUAACAAUUACAUAAUUUACAACAUUUUUGCUGUUUAUGCUAUUGAGCAGAGAUAAUAUGGGUUCUGUGUAGUUCACAAGAUUAUUUUGUUUGAAUAAUGUUUAAGUGCUAUGGAAAUAUUUAUUUUUAAGUUCUGAAUAUUUUCUAUUUUUUAUAAUGACUUUUUUUUUUACUCACGUAUGUGCGGUUUUUGUUUCGUUUCUUAACAUGUAGAUUUUUAAAUUCUGUUCUCAUUAUUGAUUUCUUCUUUAAUUGGAUUGUGGCCAGAGAAUCGGUCCAUAUAAAGUUGAUAUGGUGAAAUUUGUUGAGAUUUUCCUUAUGACCUAAAAUAUGGUCAGUUUUUUGUAAAUGUUUUGUUAGUGCUUGAAAGCCUGCAUAUGUUCCAGUUGUUGGGUGUCUGUUAAACCAAAUUUGUUCAUUGUGUUAUUCAAAUUGUCUCCAUUUGACUGUUGUUUUUCCUUCUAUUUGAUCUCUCAGAUUCUAUGUGUUGAAAUUUUUUAUUUUUUAUUUCUCCCUAUAAAUCUGUCAAUAUUUGUUUUGUAUAUUUUGCAGUUUUGUUAUUAGGUACAUACAAGUUUAGAAUUAUCUUCCAAGUUUAGAAUCAAGUCUUAUAUUUAUAGUCAUCACCUAAGGUUUUUAUUUCAUCCUACAUUGCUUUAAAAUCUAUGCUUUAGAAAAUAUUUAGGCCACACCAGCUGGUUAGUAUUUGUAUGUAUGUGGUUUUUUAUCCUUCUGUUGGACCUUUCUGUUACGUUUUAGAUGUGCCUCAUAAAAAGUGUAAUUUUU